AUGAUAAUAGCUAACUGUCGAAUGUUACUUUGUCAAGCAUAUCGAGAUAAGUAUUAUCAGACUAGUUAUCUAAAAAUGGCUUCCGAUGAUAAACAACAGAUACAUGACGAUAUUGUUGAACAAAUUCUAUCUGCUAGUGUAGAACAAGUAUCGAUAAAUGAAAAUCUUCAAUCUACUGUAAAUCAAUAUAAUAUUUGUGAUGAUUGUUCAAUAUGUGAUUUAACCGUUCAACUUCAAGAAUCACAACAACAUCAUUCUACUACAACAGAUGAGAAUAACACUGAACAACAAGAUGAAAAACCACGUCAUUUGUAUUUAUGUUCAACAUGCUCAGAACGUCGUCGUCAACAAGCAAGAAAAGUAUUACAAGAUUUAGAAAAAUUACAACAAGAAGUUGAAGAACGUUUAUCAGCUAUUGAAAAAACAGAACGAGAAUUAGAUGAAUGGAGAGAUCAACAAUUACAAAAAAAUCGAGAAUUUUGGGAUGAAUAUCGUCGCCAGGUUGAAAAUUUUAGUGCGUGUCGUAUACGUACAUUGCAGUAUGAAUAUCAAAUGCGUGAAAUGAAAACACAAUUACUUAUGAAACGUUUAAAGCGUGCAAAAUAUAUUGCUGAACAUAUUGAACAAUUACGUGACGAAUUACAUAUUGAAUUAGAACCGUCAAUUUUGGAAUUAUUAUGUUCAGAAAAAUUAAAACAAAAUUGGGAUGACAUUGUCAUACCCACAACGGAGAGUAGUACCACACCAUCAGCAACGACAACAACGACGCCUAUACAAGACAAACAAAAAUUUUUAGAUGAAAUAUGUCAUGAGCUGGAUAAAUUGGCAUUUUUGGAUAAACUAAAUUUGGGUGCGGCUGCUGACGAGGAAGAAAAAGAGGAGUUACAACAGCGUGGUGCUAAAGUUUAG